AAAAGUUUGCUGUCUUUGCUGUUACUUGUUAGUGGCAGUGAAGUUUUCCAUAUAUAUUAUAAUUCUCUUUGGUGAAGUGCAAGAGUGAAGUGUGAAGGUAGCAUAUAUUCUAAAUUCUAUAAACAGAAAGAAAUAAAUAAACUAAUAUAUACAUCUAUUUCAUAUAUUUUACGACUUACGUGCCGUAGUGUUAUAUUCUUUUUGUUACGUGCUAGAUAGUGUACUCUAGUAAACUCAUAAUUCAAUUCUCUUCGAUAAUUCGUAUUGUGUGCAAGAAAACGAAGUGCUAUUUAUAAAAACGCGAAUGUAAAUUAUAAUGAAUGGCUUUAUAGCUGUACAUUGUGGAGCUGGUUAUCACAGUGAUUCUCUAAAGAAAGAAUACCAAAAGACCUGCUACUUGGCUUGUAGAAAAGCUGCAGAAGCUCUUCAGGGAGGUGGUAACGCUGUUGAAGCUGUAGAAAAAGCUAUUAUAGAAUUAGAAAACAGUCCAUUGACGAAUGCAGGUUAUGGAUCUAAUUUGAGCUGGAAUGGCACGGUUGAGUGUGAUGCAUCUCUUAUGAAUGGGCAAACAUUACAUUUUGGAGCUUGUGGUGCUGUCUCUAAUGUUUGGAAUCCUAUAACGUUAGCCAAACAUCUUUGUAUAAAGCAGUGUGAUAAUCUAUCUUUAGGCCGAGUUCCACCAUGCAUACUCACUGGACAUGGAGCCCGCUCAUGGGCCGAAAGAAUGGGAUUAGAAAUAGUUGAUGACCACAAAAUGGUCUCUGCUCGAGCAUUUCGCAAUUAUAAACAUUGCAAAAGAAAGUUGAAACGGUACUCAAUUCAAAAUGAUGUUAAAUUUAGUCCUUUGGACACAGUAGGAGCAAUUUGUGUAGAUGCUCAAGGAAUAGUUGCUUCAGGAGCUAGUUCUGGAGGAGUUUCAUUAAAACAUGAAGGCAGAGUUGGACAAGCUGCCUCCUUCGGAAGUGGAGUAUGGGCAGUGAUGAGCAGAGAUGGCAAGACACCCUCAAUAGCAGCAUGCACAUCUGGAUGUGGGGAACACUUGAUAAGAACACAAUUAGCAAAGAACACAGCAGAGAGUUUGUUGGAACCAUCACCAGUUUUAGGACUGGAUAAAUGUUUUAAAGAACACUUUUUAGAAUCACCUUUUUUAUGGGAUGUGUCAGAAAGAUUAGGUGGCACAUUAGCAUUGAGGUUUGACCCACAAAAUGGUGAUGGAGAAUUACUGUGGGGUCAUACAACAAAAACUAUGUGCAUCGGAUAUAUGUCUACUGAAAAUGAAAGACCAAAGUGCAUUAUUUCAUAUUUGCCCCCAAAAGUGGAACCAGGACGUAAAGCAGUUGUGUCGGGUUACCCAUUCAAAGUGUCUAUUCAGCCUUGCCCAGUAGUUCAAUGGGAAGUGAAGACUGAACCGCAAAGCAACGGAUCUCUUUAGGAUAUUUUUUUAUAUUUUAUGGUAAACUAUGCCCACACUAGCCAGCUGUGACAAUAACAAGUGGCUUCAGUGGCCAUAAGCCAGUGUAUAAGCAAUAUUCACUAACUAAUAAUAUGUGAGCUUUAACCAUUAUUAGUGAAGUUACAUUAAUCUGAAUGGGCUCCUGCAUAGAAAAACAUUGUGACUCACUUUUUUAAGAUUCUAUAGCAUUAUGAUGUAGCUGUUUGAAAAGAAAAACAACUUAUAAAUGAUAUGCAGGUGUGAGAAUGAGAAAGUUGCUAUCAAACCGAAAGUGCAAGAAACAAGAAAGUUACCAUAAAUCAAAAGGUAGUGUCAGGGACAAUCAGCUAAAUGUUAUGCAUGUUAGUUUUUCUGUUUCCUAUUUACAACUGACAAAUCUAAACCCUAAAGGGUGUUUAAGUCACAUUACCAAUAUUAAACAUAUUUCAAAAUAGUAUUAGAAUGACAUAUUUUUGCGAAAAAGUGAUUUACAAAUACACUUUGAAAUACUAACAUUUGUCAGUAUGACAAUACACUACCAUUUGAUAUGACAGUCACACCACCCUACUUUGUUAAGAAACCUAUCACAAAAAGUUCCUUGAUUCUUUUGUAUGUUAGUGUAAGCCUAGUGUUUUGUGUGAAUUAUAAAAUAUGUGAGUGUGUUUUAUAAAAUGUCUACAAUUCUUAAUGACUGUAUUUGAGUUAGUAAUCAAAAUUAUUGGUAUCUGAAAAUAAAACACUGUAUGAGAUUUCAUUAUUUAUUGAAAAGACCUGUAUGUGGCAAGUCAUUAUAUGUGCUAAAGUAUAAAUUCGGUGAGAGGCAAUUAAGGACCUACAAAUAUAUACAUAUUUGUGCUUGGUAUUUGUUAAAAAAAAGAAUAAACUA